CCCUCGGUCACAAUUUUUUCAUGGACAUUGCUGUCCUAUCUUGUCUCAGUCAUACUUUUUUUUUUCUGGCUGCAGCACUGAAAAGCCAGGCUUUCCAACUUGUCGUGGUUUUCCUGGUUUGGGUUUCACCAUAGUUAGUGGAGGGGACUACUAACUAUGGUUUCACGAAAUUAGAUUGCGCGGGAAAGCGUUUUGAGAAAGAAGGAUUGGGUUUUGGCGCGGCUCAAAGUAUCUGGUGGUAAACUGGUUCCAAGGUAUUGUAACAACAUGGCGGCUUGCAGACAAAGUUUCAUUUAUUUCCAGUAUUGAUCCAAAUUUGAAGAAUCAUGCAAACAACUGAGAGCAGUGAGCAAGGCAUUUACCUAACAUCCAUCAAAACCUUUGAAAAGAAGAAAAUCCCAGAGGAACACUGCUAUGGCAACUGUAGACCAGUCACUGAGUUUGAAAAACUCAACCGAAUUGGUGAAGGAACAUAUGGUGUGGUUUACCGUGCUCACGACACAGUCUCCAACAAAAUAGUCGCCCUGAAGAAAGUGCGGAUGGAGAGAGAAAAAGAUGGGAUUCCCCUGAGUGGGUUACGGGAAAUAAGUUUGUUGUUAAAUCUGGAGCACAAAAAUAUUGUGCAGCUUACAGAAGUAGCUGUAGGGAAGCACUUGGAUAGCAUAUUUCUUGUCAUGGAAUACUGCGAACAGGACCUAGCAAGCUUGCUGGACAACAUGUCAUCGCCAUUUAAAGAAGCGCAGAUCAAAUGUUUGAUGUUACAGCUGUUCCGUGGUGUUCAAUAUCUUCAUGAGCGGUUUAUUGUGCAUCGUGAUUUGAAGGUGUCAAAUCUGUUGUUAAAUGGGAAAGGAAUUCUUAAAAUAGCCGACUUUGGUCUGGCACGUACCUUUGGUUACCCUUACAAGCCAAUGACUCCAGUUGUUGUCACACUAUGGUAUCGUGCCCCUGAGCUCCUCUUAGGCUCCAAAGUACAAACCACAGCAGUGGACAUGUGGGCUGUGGGCUGCAUCUUUGGUGAACUGAUCGGCAACAAGCCGCUAAUGACUGGCUCAUCAGAGAUUAAUCAGUUUCAACUUAUUGUAGACUUACUGGGGACACCGAGUGACCAGCUUUGGCCAGGGUUUUCGAGCCUCCCUGGGGCUAAGUCAAUAAAUGUCAAACGCCAACCUUACAAUAAUCUCAAGCACAAAUUCUCGUGGUUGAGUCCUGCGGGACUGACCCUGAUCAAUCAUUUGUUGAUGUACGACCCGUGCAAAAGAGCCACGGCAGCUGAAUGCUUGCAGAACUCGUAUUUUAUUGAGAAGCCAUUUCCAGUUCAACCGGAUAUGAUGCCAACCUUUCCUGAGCACCGUAACAGGGACUACAGCAAGAGACCAUCAGAUAGUCAAGCUGGGGAGAAACGGCCAGUGCCCCAGGACACAGAACAUGAGUUUCGAAGAGGGUUUGCUGAUUUUGGGCCUCAGUUACCACAAAGAAAGAAGAGGAAAUAAAAACUAGUAGGAGAUAUAAUUUGUGUUUCCUAAAUAUGAAUAAGAAUGAUAAUAAAAAGGUUUCUGUUUCAUGGAGAGUUCAGAUCCUUAUGACUGGUGUUCAGUAAACCAGAAAGAGGGGGACUCCAUAAUUUGUCCAAAUUAUUAAUGCCCUGGCAAUUCUAUCAAACUGUACCUGUAGUUCAGAGAGGAAAGCUCCGUUGACCUUGAAGGAAGGGGCAUAAUUAACAGGGAGCUUUAGAUGCAGGAAAUAAUUUCACUUGUAUUUUGUCAAAAUUCAAAUGAUUUCCAUUGCCCAAAGGCUUGGGAAAUUACUAGAAUUUGACAAAACACAAGUGAAAUUAUUUCCUAAUUUCACUCAUCACCAUUUGAUUAGCCAUACAUAUUGUUAAAAAAAUCACCUAAUCUUUGAAUAGGACAUGAGAGGGCUUAUCAAAAAAGAAAGCCCAAUAUUUGUGAUUGACAUCUCAUUUCUCCUGACAAAUUUUGAGGAGAAUGAAAAAAAUCAUCUGGUAGAGGAUAAUGUCAAUGAUGUCACAACAAUGUAUGGCAGUCAAUAGAGCGAAAACAUUUCUAGAAAGGUCAAAGUAAAACUAGCCGAUGACUGGAAUAUAGAGUACAAUAUGUUAACAAGCAUGGUAACGGACAUCAUUUGUCAAAGUCACUCGUUCAGAGUGCAUGGGUCAGGGGUCGUAAUGGUCAGCGGAUCAGAUUUGAUAGAUUAAAAUAUCUUGUUAUAAAAUUAACAAAUUGACGUCAGUUUUUUAUGCGUCUGACUUCUUAUUGAUGAUAAAU